AUGGUUCCUCCGAAAGCUUUUGUCUUCAUCCUCACAGCAUUAAUUACUGCAGUCGCUGUGCGAGCUGAUGCUACACCGAUCGAACCAGGGCCAGGAUCCGUAUUCAAACAGGGAGGCGAGUGUCAUACCGCUUGGACGGGAGACAAGGAUGGAAAAUGGGCGAACAUGGCAAUUCAGCUCAUGACAGGCGCGGAUCUCAAGAUGGUUCACCUUACUACCGUGGCUACGGGGUUGGACGGUAACCAGGACGGGAGCUUCCAGUUUAUUUGCCCUGAGGUCGAUCCUUACUCCGCCAUCUACUUUUUACAAUUCUCUUCCCCACAGAGCUCCGGCUUCCAAUGGGCCACUCGUUUCACGAUUGCAGACAAGGACGGAAAGUCGGUACCCCCUCCUGAGGCCACUCAACCCGAUGGAAGGAGUGUACCUUGGGGAACCGGAAGGCUUGUGAAUCCUUCCGACGCUAGACCUCCUCCAGAUUUCCAAAAUGCGAGUUCUUCCUCCAAUUCCAGUUCCAGUUCCAGCGCUAGCCAAAGUAGCAGCAGUGCCGGUGCUGAUCCAUCGUCGAUAAUGUCUUCUGCCUCGAUCCCUGUCCAGACUCCUACGAGGAUGACCACCGCGAGCAACACACAAGGCGGCCGGACUACUGGCAGUCCUUCUGCAGGAAAUGCCAACACGAAUGGCACCGCCGGAAACAACAACGACAACGGCGCUCUCUCUAUGGAGUACGGUGGUGCCUGGAUGGUGGUUUUCAUGUUUGCAUCAACAUUUGCGCUCUACCUGUGA